CCACUGGAAUCACACCUCCAGCCCUGAAAGUCAUAUAUUUGAACACUGGUUUAAGUCAUUCUUUCCAGUUUGUCAUGCUUCAUUAUCAAGAACUCACUAGCAAGCCUGUGGAGCCAAAACUAGCAUGUUUCAGACUGUUUAGCUUAGUUUUAAGGUUAAGGCUCCUUACCAGGAUGCUAAGUAAAGCUUAAUAUACACAUUAACCUGCUAGGGCAAAGGAUCUUGGGUUAAUAUCUGUUUGCCACGAGACACACAUGAGCCAUUCACUUUUCAUUCUUAACUUCCAGUAAACUGGCUCUUCCUGGUAUUUUGGAUAAAGGUAGUCUCUGGAUGAAUACUUCAAGGCUAUUCUAUCGCGAUUCUCACAUUGUUUCCAUCAAAAUGGAGCUAGUACAUACACGGCAAACAGGUUUUCCGUUUCUGCUAUUCCACAGGCUAGUGUCACCUCAGAGUGCAGGUCUGCAGUCAUGUAUCCACACAAGUGCUUCUCUUGGCAUUUACCGGAAAUGGGAGAAGAAGAAUAAAAUUGUUUACCCUCCACAGCUGCCUGGAGAGCCUCGGAGACCAGCAGAAAUCUACCACUGUCGAAGACAAAUUAAAUACAGUAAAGACAAGAUGUGGUAUCUGGCAAAAUUGAUACGAGGAAUGUCUAUUGACCAGGCUCUGGCUCAGUUGGAAUUCAGUGAUAAAAAGGGCGCCCAAAUAAUUAAAGAGGUAAUAAGCUUGUAAGAUUUGGGGGUUGAGGGAGACAGGCAUAUACAGCUACCUUGCAACUUGUUUAUUUCUGUGUCCAACUCAGGGAGAGGCCAGUGCCUGAAACGCAUUCGCUACCACGGCAGAGGUCGCUGUGGCAUCAUGGAGAAGGUUUACUGCCAUUACUUUGUGAAGCUGGUGGAAGGGCCCCCACCCCCACGCGAGGCCCCCAAGACGGCCCUGGCCCACGCCCAGGAGUACAUCCAGCAGCUUCGAAACCGCACCAUCAUUCACGCUCUGUGACAGGCUCAGGCUGGCAGUGUAGAGAUCUUUAAAAAUAAAAGUUAAAGACAAAUA